AAUUUCAUUUUGGUUUUGUGGGAAAUUUCCCACCCUUCCCCUCCUUCCCUUACGUCGAAACAACAUUUUGCCCUAUCCCUUUUUGAGACUCUGCAGUGCUUCCAACAUGGUGUGUAGACUGAUGCCUGCUGAAGGUGUCAAACAAUGGCGAAUCUUGUCCAGGGUGUCCUUCUGAAGCUUCUACAGCACAUGAACACUGAUGUCAAAGUUGCAGGCGAGCGUAGGUCUUCUCUAUUGCAAGUUGUGAGCAUCGUUCCAGCACUUGCAGGUGGUGAGCUUUUCCCAACCCAAGGUUUUUACCUCAAGGUUUCAGAUUCCUCUCAUGCCACCUAUGUUUCUCUCCCUGAUGAACAUGACGAUCUCAUUCUUAGAGGAGAUUGGGAGUUCUGUUCUCUCGGCUAGUCCCGGUUCGAAGAAAGCAACUGCAAACCCAAUUAGGAAUUUGUUUCAGGGGAUCGAGAUGGGGGCUAAGGCUUUGAGGAAGAGCUGGGAAUGAAAUAUGGAUGUCAAGAGUAAAGAAACAUCGAAAUUGAGGACCGCCAAACAUGAUCCCAAGCCUGAUCUUCGCGCUUCUACUCCUAGAAAAAGUACAUCAAGUGAGAGGUUACCAUCUAAAGAAGAAAACAAGAUCCAGAUAUCUGCUAAGCCAUCUAAAGAGGAGAAUAAGGUUCAGAUAUCUUGGAAGAAAGUUACUGCAAAUGGAAGCAUGGAUGAUCAAGACAGGUCCAAUAAGCAAAGAAUAUCUGUUGGAAAGAAAUCAUCUGGUGACCUAGUCAAUUCUGGAAUCCCUGGAAACUUGGUCAAAGUUCCUUUAAAUAAUAAAAAACUGACAGAGGGAAGUGUUUCAUGGGCUUCACUCCCAUCAUCACUUGCAAAGCUUGGAAAGUUGGCAAUGCAGGUUAUUUGUGGUGGAGCUCUGCGUUCUAUAUGUAUUUUUGCUCCAUUUGUUGCUUUUCAAGCAUAUGGAUACUGUAAUAUCUGUCUUGGACAUCCUCCAAAAGAAAUGAGGCCAUGGUGCAAAGCAAGAGUACCUUUGUUGUAUAAUUAUAUUCAGAGUUAUUAAUGGGGAGUGGGUUUCUUGCGGUACUUCCAGUUAAAGCAGCUACCAAAUUUUCUACUUGCAUCCUCUAUACUAUCUUUGGUAGUUUUCUCAAUUGUCUAAUAUGCAAAAUCAGAGCCUGAAAAGUUUUUCUCUUUGGGUUUUCGUGCUUCAGCUAAGGAUAAGAAUUCUGUUGCUGUGUUUUUUUUUUCUUUUGAGUUGUCUUUUGCUGCAAUAAAUAACAUAGUUAUCAAAUUGGUCACUUAUAUAGUUUUAUAUUACCAAACUUGCUUAAAAUGUUACUUUCUUAGAGAUAUUCAGAGACUAAAAUUUGGUCAUCAAAACAAUAAAAUCUGAUCACUAAAAUUUUUCAGUUUUAACGACCAAAUAUUUGUUGAUAACUAAAAACAAUUAAUUACAAUGUUUAAGUGACCAUGCAGUGACCAUGUUUUUUAGAUUGCUAAAAUCUUUUAACGACCAAUAUAUAGCUUUCUGCAACCAAAAUCAGUGGUCACUGAAAGGCCUUUUUUUAUUAGUGAUCUCUAAGGGACUUUUAAAAAUAAGAGCAUAUUUUGUAUAAUAAAGAGUAUCUUUAAAGAUAAAGAGUUGAAUUUUAAAACAUCUUCCAAUGAUGCUCUUUAUAUUACAUUUUUUUUUAAUAAACAUUUAUUGUUAUAUUUAUUUUGCUUUUUUUUUCUUUUUUUUUUUUUUACCUAAAUUUCCUCUUAAUUAUUUUGUUAUUUCUCUUCAUUUUUCUUCAUAGAUCUAGCCAAAUCUUCUUUCAAUUUUAUCGAGUCUAUUUACUUUUUUUUGGAAAAGGUCAAGUUCAUUGGCUUUAUUUCAAUCAUAUAUGGUUUUUACUAAACUAGUCAGAUUGGUGCCAUUUCUUCUUUCAAUUUAACAUCAGGUUCAUUUGCUUCUUUUUUUUGUUUGUUUGUUAAGGUCAAGUUCAUUUACUAUAUUUCAAUCAUAUUAUUUUCAAAUAUAUCAUCUAAUAAAUUAUUCAAACUAAUUCUUGAUGACUCUGAUGAUGAGUAAGAGAUGGCAAUAGCUUUGAUAGGUGAGUUGCUUACUAAAGGAAGGACUGUACAACAUCAAGAUUCAAUUCUAGGUCAUGCAUACAUAUGGCGUGAUAGAAUUCAAGGUCACUACAAGCUUGUCAUGAUUAUUUUGGAAGAAAUUCGGUGUAUUCUCCAAGUUCUUUUCGAAAGAGGUUUCCAAUGAGUCAAUUCCUUUUUAUUUGCAUUCUAUAUGCCGUGGAAACCUGUGAUACAUACCUUGUCCAAAAAAGCGAUGCUAUUGAAAUCCUUGGUUUGUCUUCUUUCCAAAAGAUCAUUAUUACCAUAAGGAUGCUUGCCUAUAGAGUUACAUCAGAUUUGUUGAUGAAUAUGUAAGAAUUGGUGAAAGCACUACAAUUACAAGCUUAAAAAGAUUUGUUAAGGCAAUCAUUUCAAUUUUCUCAGAGAGGUAUAUCAGAUCACCAAACAAAGAUGACAUUGCUGGAUUGCUAAAAGAAAAUAAAGGGUGUGGAUUUCCUGGAAUGUUAGGGAGCAUUGACUGUAUGCACUAGAAUUGGAAAAAUUGUUUAGCACCACGAAAAGGUAUGUAUGUUGGGCAUGUUCAUAAACCAACUAUAAUUCUUAAAGCUACAGCUUCUCAUGGUCUAUAUGGCAUGCAUUUUUCGGCUACUAGGAUCACAUAAUGAUAUAAAUGUUCUAGAGAGGUUUUUCUUA